CUGCAGGAACUACUCCAAUUAUUCCAUCGUUGGGAGCAGUUUUUCCUUGACGAUAACGUUGUUCAUUCAUUCUACAUUGCCCUGAAGAAGAAAUUUGAAGGCGACGAGCUAUUCAAGAAGACUGUAGCUGAUGUAGCUAACAGCGUCAUUGCGAGUUUCGUUUCAACUGUCGGUGAUCCGUCUUCCUUCCCCAAAGACGUCGCUAAACAGUUUUAUGCUGACACUGUCUUCCUCAAGGACGCAUUUGAAGAUUUAAGAACCGGAAACGUUGAGCAAUUGGAGGCUUUGGAGGUGAAACUCAAGAACGUGCUCAAGGUGUAA